AUAAGAAUUGUUCAUGUUGAUCUCGACAAUCCCAGACAAAGGAAAUGGGAAGCAGGGGUUUCCUUUUGCUCAAAUGCUUAGCGCCACCAAAGCAUAACCAUUUCGUUUUCAAUUGUACAAGAAUCGGUAGUUGGUCUUCAGAAACACCCAAACUCAGAAAAUUCUCAACUACAACCGCCGCAAGCUCCUCUCUCGAACCACCUGAUGUUCCUCGUUUGGCUGAAACCGCUCGAAUCUCUCUUUGUCCUCAGGAGGUCGACGAAUUUGCCCCUAAAAUUCGACAAGUCAUAGACUGGUUUGGACAACUUCAAGCUGUUGAUCUCAACAGUGUCGAUCCUGCUGUCAGAGCAGAUAAUGAAACUGAAAACUUGCGUGAAGAUUCUCCUGAAACAUUUGAGAACAGGGAAGCCAUGAUAGCUGCCAUUCCAAGCUAUGAGGAGCCGUAUAUCAAAGUUCCUAGAGUCUUGAACAAAGAGUAGAGCUGUUCGGUACUGGCAAGGUAUAAAGGCACUAAAUCUUAAGUGGAACACCUUGGUAGCAGCGGAGGCUAAAAUUUCUUUUGGAAUGGCGUUCCUUUUAUUGUUCUUCUGUUGUAGACGGGCCCUUUUUUUUCCCUUACAAAACGGUGAUGUUUUGGGUAUCAUUUACGUGAUAACGUUUCCCUGUAAAAAAUUGGUAGAUGAGGUUCUUGUUUUCCAUCGCUAA